AGAUCUUUGCGCCAGGAGCCCGGCAUUGUGGCCCGAUCUGCCACCCGCUUCUUCUUGGAAACAGAGAGCAGCUGAGACAGACAGGCGCAGUAUUUCAAACGUCUGGCGGCAGACACACAGGCACAAAGUUUCCACCCUGAAAACACACAAGCUGCUGCAGAGAGGGCUGCUGCAGGACACAUCAGCGCAUGUAGAUGUCCACUCAGCUAGAAGGCCUGCAGCUGGAGACCGCACCAAAACAUGAUGCACUAACGUGUAAAGGAUCUUCCUUGGACGUGAUCAGUCCCGGCGGAUGCGCAGCAGAGGACGCAGCAGAGAAUAGAGCCGCGGCCCCGUGUUCAGAGGCGCACGGCCCUCACUCAGGACCGCACAAGAUGACCCGGAGCCCCAAAUGCGCCCGCUGUCGGAACCACGGCGUGGUUUCGUGCCUGAAGGGCCACAAGCGCCUGUGCCGCUGGCGGGACUGCCGCUGCGCCUGCUGCCUGCUGGUGCUGGAGCGGCAGCGCGUCAUGGCCGCGCAGGUGGCGCUGCGGCGGCAGCAGGCGGCCGAGCUGAGGAGAGGACAGAGCAAAAGGGGGGUCAAGUGUGCAGCUCCGUUGAGGAAAACAUCGUAUCUGGGUUACACCAGAGCAGCCGAGUCAAGCAUCGUGGCGAAGAGCAUCCUGCAGGGGUUGAAACCGGCCGUGCAUCCAGAGGUCGACGCGUCCUGCUGGUCGAAGCAGCCGCAGCGCGACCAGGCGCACUUCCCGUGCCCGUCCAUCAGCGCGCGCAUGAGGAAGAGGCGCGCCUUCGCCGACAAGGAGCUGGAGAACGUGAUGCUGCAGCGGGAGCUGAGACAGAGGGAGCUGCAGAGUGACGUUCCUUUCCCGCCCUCGGCUCUCAUCCCCAUGUUUCAUCCUGCACCUCUGCACAUCUCCCCCGGCCUCCACUGCUGCCCUCCCAGCAAAGACCCUUCCUCUGCAGGGACAGCUAGCUGUGUGCCUGUAUAUAAAUAUAAACCUCUUUACGAGUGUGGCCUCCAGUUUUAUGAGUUCUUCUACCUAAAGAGCAGGUCCUCAGCAGGAGGUGACGGUAAUGACUUUUUAUUUCGCCAAAGCUCAGAGCAACACGCGGAGGACGAGGAGGUGCGGAACAGUUGGAAAGGUUGUGGGAGGAAAAGCCAGCCAGAGCUAAUACCUGUCCCACCUCAACAAAGACUCAGAAAUGAUGACAGCGCCGGGUCAUGCGUUGUCCGUGCCAAAUCCCCUUCACAACCAACAGAAAUAAUGGACUCGGAUAGCUCUUCAACAACCACACUCUCUAUUUCGGGAUCAGAUCAGGAUGUCCUGAGUGAGCCAGACAUGGGUGCACCCAGCAGGACUUGUGAUCCCAGACCUCUGGCAGCUAAAGGCUGGAACGCUCACUCCCCCCCCCCACAGGCCGGUCCUCGUGCAGACUCUGUGAAGGGCCCUCAUGGCAGCUCAGCGAAGACCCCCGCUGUGAAGCCGCUGCCUUUCUCUGUGGAGGCCCUGCUGAGGGCCUGACAGGCAGACGAAGAGCCGACUUCCAUGCACUUGCUUAUGUACAGCCUUCGAUCCACUGCUUUAAUGUAAGAAUCGCAAAUUUGUAUUACAGAUUUUAUAACACCUCCCUUUAAAGUGGCAACAGCUUAAGAGAUAUAGUUUUCCUUAUUUCAGAAACAUUUUAUUUUAUAAUUUUAAUAUUGUAUCUCUCAUAAAAAUAAAAGACUGGCAUAUAAAUAUAUGAUCUACAAUACUGAAUUUUUAAAUUUUUGUCUUGUAAAGGAGCAGUGGAGAAAAGAAAGACCCUGAUUUCAUCAGUAGUUUAUUAUCUUUUCCCACAGUUUAAUAUACAGUACAGUCAUAAAUCAAAUAAGGAAAAAGUUAAGU